AUGAAAGCAGCUAGACGACCAAAACGGCAGCUUAGUUUUUACGAACCUGGAAAGUUUAUCAAACUCGCUCAACGCAUGCGCACGAAACAGCAGCUGGAACUUUUACAGCAGUCAGUCGCCCAGGCUGUGAAGCGUACGGGUAUAGCAAGUGCUGCGAAACUAUCAACUAUUCAACCAAAGCGAGUUGUGGAUGAAUCCGAAGUUCCUACACUAGAAUGGUGGGAUGCGUAUAUACUCAAAGAUGGUGUUACUGCAUAUUCCGCUCUUGAUGAUGCUGCAGAAGAAGGUCUUCCUACUUCAGUUAUUUUGAAUAAAGCAUGGAUAACAAACCUUGUCGAACAUCCCAUAAAAUUGAAGCCUCCGAGAGAGCUCUCGAAGCCUCCGGAAAUCCCUCUCCUCCUCACUAAGAAGGAGCGCAAGAAAGUUCGGAGACAAAACCGACAAGAGGCCCAAAAGGAACGCCAAGAGAAAGUGCGUCUCGGACUUAUGCCACCCCCGGAGCCGAAAGUUCGUCUGGCAAAUUUGAUGCGUGUCCUUGGAUCGGAUGCGGUUCAAGAUCCAAGCAAGGUGGAGGCGUAUGUUCGUGCUCAGAUGGAGUCUCGGAAACGAGCCCAUGAAGCAGCAAAUGCUGCACGCAAGCUCACAAAAGAGCAGGCUCGCUACAAACGCAUCAAAAAGAUCAAAGAGGACACAAGCCAAGCCGUUCACGUCAGUGUGUAUAGAGUAAAGGACUUUUCCAAUCCUUCGCAUCGCUUCAAGGUGGAAACAAACGCCAAUCAACUUCUGAUGACUGGCUUGGUUGCACUUCACACCGACUGCAAUGUUGUCGUGGUUGAGGGUGGUCCACGUCAGCAGCGCAAGUUUGAACGAUUAAUGUUGCAUAGGAUCAAGUGGCACGAAACCAAACGCGGCCGGGACGAGGGAAAUCAGAACGCGAACUCCGCUGAAUCGGGAUGCCAAUUGGUUUGGAAGGGCACUGUUGGCCAACGGGCGUUUGAUAAAGUUCAGUUUCGAGCGUGUCCUACGGAGCUGUUUGCCCGGGAGCAAUUCCGUAAACGAGAUGUGGAGCACUACUGGGAUCUUUGUUACAGUGGCGCUAUUUUAGAGGCCACCGGACAAUAUGCUUUUGAAAAGGAGCGAAUCAACAGUGCAUAUCCAAUGGCCGUGCCAGGGUUUGAACUUGAAUACCUGAUAUGCAAGGGGAACGUGUUAUCACUAUUCCGCCAGCGCACGUUGGACGCAUAUGAAUUCUCACGUCUGAAAGGGUGA